AUGAGGGGCACCCGACUCUUAGAGCUGCCAGAGGACUUCUGGAUCCCUAUCCCAUUGGACACGGAUAACAUCACAUCCCUCAGCCCUUUUAGAGUUCCUCAGGACCACUUGGGCAAUUUGAGCACAUUCUACACCAUGGCGGGAUUCACGUUCUUUCUGUUUGUGGUCGGCACUUCAAUUAACGCCCUCACCAUUGCUUGCACUAUGCGAUAUAAGAAACUUCGCUCCCACCUCAACUACAUCCUGGUGAACUUGGCCGUGGCAAACCUACUGGUGUCUGUCACUGGCUCUUUCACUGCAUGCUGCUCCUUUACAUUCAGAUAUUUCAUCUUUGGACCACUAGCAUGCAAGAUUGAAGGUUUCGUUGCAACACUAGGAGGUAUGGUUAGCCUGUGGUCUCUGGCUGUCAUAGCCUUUGAAAGAUGGCUGGUCAUCUGUAAACCUCUGGGUAAUUUUGCUUUCAAGCCUGAACAUGCUACAGCUUGCUGUGUAGUCACCUGGAUAAUUGCACUGGUGGCAUCAGUUCCACCUUUGGUUGGAUGGAGCAGGUACAUUCCAGAAGGCCUGCAGUGCUCAUGUGGUCCAGACUGGUACACAACCAACAACAAAUACAACAAUGAGUCCUAUGUCAUGUUCCUCUUCUGCUUCUGCUUUGCCGUUCCAUUAGCCACCAUAAUUUUUUGCUAUUCUAACCUACUCCUAACACUUAAAAUGGUGGCAAAAGCCCAAGCUGAGUCUGCCUCCACCCAGAAGGCUGAAAAGGAGGUGACCAGAAUGGUGGUCCUCAUGGUGCUGGGCUUCUUGGUGUGCUGGAUGCCCUAUGCCUCCUUUGCUGUUUGGAUCGUCAACAACCGAGGGAAAACGUUUGACCUGAGACUAGCAACUAUACCAUCCUGCCUAUCGAAGGCUUCCACCAUCUACAAUCCAAUCAUCUAUGUGCUCCUCAAUAAACAGUUUCGAACAUGCAUGUUAUCCAUGCUGGGGAUAAGAGAUGCAGAGGAGGAAGUCUCUACAACACAGUCAGUGACUGAAGUCUCCAAAGUUGCUCCAGCUUAGUCUGACAGUAAUCCGCAGUUAAUUGUAAACACUGAAUCAAAUCAAAUGUUUUAAGAAUUUUACAAUCCAAGAAAAAAAACAACAUAUCACAUAAUUAUCCUGUAAAAUAGAAACAA